CAAAGCUUUGUUUGGAUUCGUUCUAUAAAGCCAGCAAGGUCUAUAAAGAGGCCUAGUAGGACCCGGCAUUGGUUCUGAGCUCAGCUCAACACAGUGACAAUGAGCAAGAUCAUCUUCUACGAGGACCGCAACUUCCAGGGCCGUCACUUCGAGUGCAACAGCGACUGUCCGGAAAUGCAGAACUACUUCAGUCGCUGCAACUCGAUACGCGUGGAGAGUGGCUGCUGGGUGGCCUACGAGAAGCCCAACUACGGGGGCUACCAGUACAUGCUGCACAAAGGCGACUACCCAGACUACCAGCGUUGGGCGGGCUUCAACGACUGCAUCCGCUCCUGCCGUAUGGUUCCACCCUACAACGGCAGCUACAGGAUGAAGAUCUUUGAGCGCUCUGAUUUUGGCGGCCAGAAUCUGGAGCUAAUAGAAGACUGCCCGGAUCUGAACGAGCGCUUCCACACCCGUGACAUCUCCUCCGUCAACGUCAUGGAGGGCUACUGGAUUCUGCACGAGCACCCCAACUACAGGGGGCGCCAGUACUUCCUGCGCCCCGGCGAGUACCGCAGGCACAGCGAGUGGGGCAGCGCCAGUCCCACCAUCGGCUCUCUGAGGCGCGUCACUGAGGUCAACUGAUUCCUUUAUCAUUUUUUUACCCUUCUCGAGCGUUUACACCCUUCUGUUCCUGAAACCUGUUUCAUUGUAGUCUCAACACUGUUCACUGUAACGGCGGUUUUGUGUUACUGUAUCUUUAACGUUGUAAUGUGUACUAUGACCACCCAAACCGGUUGCUAGGACGUCUCCAAGGAAAAUCGCCCUACUGGAAUCACACCAAAUAAUAAAAACCUCAUAAAAGUCAACUUGCUUGUGAU